AUGAACCACUACCAAACCCUGGCCCUCGGCCUGCUCGGUUUGUCGAUCGUCUACUUCUUGGUGGCCUCUUUCCUCUCAAAGCGCUAUCAUGCUAGAAAAGCCACGGAGCUUGGAUGCCAACCAGCCUGGCAGCGCCCUCACCGAUGGCCGUUUGGCACAGACUUGGUCUGGGAACUUUUCCAGGCCGACAAGAAUCAUGUUGUCCCAAACUACCUCCUGGAUGUCUAUAACAACAGGACUGGGAAAAAAUCCACAUGGGCACAGAAUAUGCUGGGGACUAUGGGCUUCGUGACAUCGGACCCCAAAAAUAUCCAAGCCAUGCUUGCUACUCAAUUCAAUGAUUUCGAGAUUGGAGAACAACGCCGCGGCAAUUUCUUUCCCAUGUUGGGCAAUGGCAUCUUUACUUCUGAUGGCAAAGCAUGGGAACAUUCUCGGACUCUUCUCCGCCCUCAGUUUGCUCGCCAACAAGUCGCCGACCUACAACUGGAAGAAGUCCAUGUCCAGGACAUGUUUAGACAUCUCACCACCGAAAACGGGUGGACAGCUCAAGUCGACUUGAGCCCGCUCUUCUUUCGUUUGACGCUUGACUCUGCCACCGAGUUCCUGUUCGGCCAGAGUGUGGACUCACAAGUUGCCGCUUUGCCGGGGUAUACCCAAAAGACUCGGAAACCGGGUGAAUUGGACUGGACGGCAUUCGCAUCCUGCUUUGAUGGUGGGACUACUGCUCUCGGCGUCCGUGGAAGAAUGGCAGAGCUGUAUUGGUUGUACAGUCCCAAGCACUUUCAUGACAAUUGCAAGGAAGUCCAUCGAUUUGCCGACUACUAUGUCAAUCUUGCAUUAACCACCGAUCUAUCGUCGUUGAGUGAACACAACCUGGAAAAGGGUCAGAAAAAGGAGAAGUACAUUUUCUUGAAGGAACUCGUACAACAAACACGAGACCCCAUCGAACUUCGAAGCCAACUACUGAAUAUUCUGUUGGCCGGCCGCGAUACAACCGCCGGUCUGCUUGGUUUCACGUUCUACCUGUUGGUCAGGCACCCAAAGGUCUUCAAGAAACUGCGCGAGACCAUACUGGAGGAUUUUGGCACGUACGAAGCCCCCAAGUCCAUCACCUUUGAAACACUCAAGUCUUGCUCGUAUCUGCAAAACGUCCUGUCGGAAACACUUCGACUCUUUGCCACUGUGCCCUUCAACAGCCGCCGCUCGACCAAAGACACAACCUUGCCUCGCGGCGGAGGCCCUGACGGUAACUCGCCAAUUUACGUCAAAAAGGGGACGGAAGUCAACUACUCGGUCCACAUCAUGCAUCACCGGGAAGACAUUUGGGGACCCGAUGUGGAAGAAUUCAAGCCCGAGAGAUGGGUUGGGCGACGGCCGGGCUGGGAAUUCUUGCCCUUCAACGGCGGACCUCGUAUCUGCCUCGGACAGCAGUUUGCGCUGACGGAGGCGGGCUAUGUUAUUGUCCGCACGCUGCAGAAGUUUGACGGCAUCGAAACUUACGAGACUGACCCAAUCGUGCGCCAUGCGUACGGUCUCACCACUGCGCCCUUGCGUCUUCCUGUCCGUCUUCACGAAGCGUCUGCGAGUUGA